AUGGAGACGCUGCCUGAUGGGGGUUUUGACAGACCCUUCCACAUUGAGACUCCUCUGCUGGAAAGCGUGGCUCUGUCCCAAACAGCUGGAACCAAAGUCUACAUGAAGUUGGAGAAUGUCCAGCCAAGCGGCUCCUUCAAAAUCCGAGGCAUUGGCUACUUUUGCCAACAGAUGGCUAAGAAGGGCUGUCGGCAUCUGGUCUGCUCCUCAGGUGGAAAUGCUGGCUUGGCGGCAGCCUACGCAGCCAGGGAACUGAGGAUGCCGGCGACAAUUGUCGUGCCCCGCGGCGCCACAGAGUCAACGAUAAAAAGGCUCGAGCAGUACGGAGCAAAUGUGGAAAUUUUUGGGAAGGUCUGGGACGAUGCCAACGAUCGAGCGAUGGCGCUAGCUAAGACUGAUGGUUGGGUCAAUAUCCAUCCUUUUGACCACCCACUAGUAUGGAAAGGACACAGCAGCAUUGUCAAGGAGCUGAAGGGGUCCCUAGUGACCAGACCAGGAGCUAUUGUGCUGUCGGUGGGAGGCGGUGGUCUUCUGGCUGGAGUGGUCUCUGGUUUGCAGGAAGUGGGCUGGUCAGACAUCCCCAUCAUUGCUGUGGAGACCAGAGGAGCUGAAAGUUUUAAUGCAGCCAUCCAGGCUGGUCAGCUGGUCACUUUGCCUGAUAUCACCAGCGUGGCCAGGUGCCUCGGGGCGAAGACGGUGGCCCAGAGGGCCUUAGACUGUACCAAGGAAUGUCCAAUCAUCUCUUAUGUUCUGGAGGACGUUGAAGCUGUGAAAGCUGUAGAGCAAUUUCUGGACGAUGAACGGAUCUUGGUAGACCCCGCCUGUGGCGCCUCGCUGGCUCUCUUAUAUUCGGGCUACCUACAGAAGCUGCAGGAGGAAGGGAGGCUGAGCAAGACCUUGGAGUCCCUCGUUAUCAUCGUUUGUGGGGGCAGUGGGAUCAGCCUGCCGGGUCUCCAGGUUUUGAAGAAACAGCUGGGCAUGAAAUGA